AAACGGAAUAAAAUAAUUAGCUAAUCUUUUUCAACCCAUAUUCAAUUAAAUGCACUACAAAGACAAGAUAUUUGAUGUUCAAACUCAUAAACUUGUCUUUUUUUUGCAAAUAAUAAUUAACUUAGAAUUUAAUGGCUGCAAAAUUUAAUGGUGCCAAAGUAGUUGGGAAAGUGCAUGUUCACCACUGUGUUACAUCACCUUUUCUUUUAAGUACAGUGGUUCUCAAAUGGGGGGUAAUCGUACCCCUGGGGGUACUUGAAGGUAUGCCAAGGGAUACGUGAGAUUUUUUGAAAAUAUUCAAAAAAUAGCAACAAUAUAAAAAUCCUUUAUAAAUAUAUGUAUUGAAUCAUACUUCAACAAAAUAUGAAUUUAAGUUCAUAAACGGUGAAAAGAAAUGCAACAAUGCAAUAUUCAUUGUUGACAGCUAGAUUUCUUUUUUUGUGAAGAAAUGUGUAGAAUGAAGUUGAUGAAUCCAGAUGGAUAUCUAUUACAAUCCCCAAAAGGGCACUUUAAGUUGAUGAUUUCUUCUAUGUAUAGAAAUCUUUAUUAGGGACCGAAUGUCCCUUUGGGACAGAGGACCCUAUUGAAUUUCUAAGGUUUUAUUAUUAUUAUUCCGCCGCCUCUUUGAGCUGUAAUUUGACCCCCUUAACAUACUUCAAAACUCACCAAAUUUGACACACACAUCAGGACUGGUGAAAAUUGCCAUCUAAUAAAAAAACUAAACCCCAAAACUCAAAAUUGCGCUCUAGUGCCUCCUAGGAAAAACACAGACAAAACUGCUUGUAACUUCCGUUAGGAAUGUCGUAGAGACAUGAAACAAAAACCUCUAAGUUUGACUUAGACCUAGAUUUCAUCAAAUGACAUCCUUCAACAAAAAGUCGGCAAAAAACCCUUCAAAAUAAAAGUUUUGUUAAAAGAGGUCAUUUUUGCCUCUUUGAGCUGUAAUUUGACCCCUUUUAAAAUGUUUCAAAACUCACCAAACUGGACACACACAAAAGGACUGGCAAAAAUUGCGAUCUAAUAAAAAACCAAACCCCAAAACUCAAAAUUGCGCUCUAGCGCCCCCUAGGAAUCAAACACAGACAAAACUGCUCCCAGGAAUAAACCACAGACAAAACUGCUUGUAAUUUCCGGUAGGAAUGUCGUAGAGACAUGAAACAAAAACCUCUAUGUAGGUCUCACUUAGACCUACAUUUCAUUCAUUUACAUCCUUCAUCAAAAAUCAACAAGAAGUUGGCAACCACCCCUUUAAAACAAAAGUUUUGUAAAAACCCGUCACCUUUUUUUAAACAUUAUCUCCUCUGAGGUCGUUUGUUGUGUGGGUUUCAAACUCGCACAGGAGAGAGAGUGAACCCUUCUAAUUAAAAGUUGCAAAGAGUUUUAACUGUUACUGUUUUGAUUUUACGAGCCUUCAAAGAACCGCUGCGCUGCUGCCGUCUCAAGAUAGCCGCUUAACAGCAGGAAGCACCAGCGUGACCACACAAUGCAGAAAAGGUAGGUACUGUGCGGGUAAAGAUAUGUUGACUGGGUGAAAGAAGGAGGCACCAAUUUGACUCCAGGAUACAGAGAAGGUAGGUAAUGUGCAUGUAAAGAUAUGUUGUCUGGGUGAUGGCAGGAAGCACCAGCGUGUAUGGGUGACAGAAAUAAGCACCAGUGUGACCCCAGGAUGCAGGGAAGGUAGGUAAAGUGCAGGUAAAGAUAUGUUGAAUGGGUAAAGGCAGGAAACACCAGCAAAAGUCGGUCUCGUCCAUCGCUGCUUGCAGCUUUAAUUUAUAAUUGAAUCAUGUUUGUUUUAACAAGUUUUUAGUUAUUUUUAUAUCUUUUUCCAAAUAGUUCAAGAAAGACCACUACUAAUGAGCAAUAUUUUGCAGUGUUUAUACAAUUGAAUAAAUCAGAAACUGAUGACAUAGUGCUGUAUUUUACUUCUUUCAUCUCUUUUUUUCAACUAAAAAUGCUUUGCUCUGAUUAGGGGGUACUUGAAUUAAAACAUUUUUUACAGGGGGUACAUCACUGAAAAAAGGUUGAGAACCUCUGCACUAGUGUGCUGUGGGAUACAGUCUUGUGUGCCGUGGGAGAUGAUGUAAUUUCACCUAAUUGGGUUAAAAAUAUUUUUUGCAAACCAGUAAUUAUAAUCCGUAAAUGUCCCGUUGUUGAGUGUCGGUGCUGUCUAAAGGUCGGCAGAGUAACCGUGUAAUACUCUUCCCUAUCAGUAGGUGGCAGCAGGUAGUUAAUUGCGUCGUAGAUGUUGAGAACAAAACAAUGGUUUGCAAGUAAAAAGGUGUCUAAUGCUAACACCAAAAAUAAACAAAAGGUGAAUGCCUCUAAGAAAAACCGUUGAAGCUUAGGAAAGGCUAUGCAGAAAUAAGCUAAAACUGAACUGGCUGCAAAAUAAACAAAAACAGUAUGCUGGACGAGAGCAAAGACUUACAGUGUGGAGCAGAUGGCGUCCACAAAGUACAUCCGUAAAUGACAUGACAACAAUAAAAUAGGAGCGCCAGACAAGAAGUAAAACACUACACACAGGAAAACAGCAAACAAGUCCAAAUAAGUCAGGGUGUUAAGUGACAGUUAUGCUUUAAAGUCCUUGCCAACAAUUGCGAGAAAGACUUUUUAAUGUCCAUAUCGGCUGCUGGGUUUCAUUUUUUUAUGUUUUCUGCUGGUGGUGUUCCUCAGAAUUUUUUCAAUGAGCCUCAGCUCAGAAAAGGUUGUAAAACACUGGUCUACAGCGUUUGUGUAACUUGCUAUCAAAGUACACAUUUUCAUUUCUAGUGCAAUAUUGAGAUGACAAUGAGAGUCGUAAAAACUUAUUUCAUUUUAAAUCAAAACAUGGAUGAAGUUACACCUCAGACAGUGUCAGGGUCAAAUAACAUGAGACAUUAUAAAGACACAGAAACAGGGCAUAGAAGACAAACCACUGAUUGCUUUUCUCGUACGAGGAGAGUAACCGGGAGCAAAUUGUCAGUUACUGGCUCCUAAUUCAUUUUGAAAACUUUCUCCACUCUCCUCGCCUUUUAAUUCAUUUGUGAAAGCCCUACAUUACAAACACAUACACAGCUGCACUAAGGGAGGAGGGGCUAUUUGCAGCUGUGUUGGAAACCUAACACCUGUGGUGAGAAUUUAACAUGCAAAUACAGAGUACAGAGGAUACAGCAACUUCCUGCGAUGCUCUAGGCCAUCUGCCAAUUCCUCUUUGAAGUUGGUAGGUCAACCUAAUUUCAAUCUAACGGCAAGUUUCAUUUCUCUUCAGCUUGUCUACACAAUGCAUGACGAACAAUUAUAUUUAAAUAAAAUGAGAUAACUUAUGUACAAUUUAUCUAACAGACAGUUAAUUGAAAUAGUUUGACAAUGCAUCACUUUUAUGUUGUACUUGUUGUACUUGUCUUGCUUCCUCAACUGCAAUGAUAGUCUUUUUUUUUUUUUUUUUGAUGCAGCUCUUCAAAGUUCCGCAGACAUGCAGGUACUCCACACUGAGGGGCGGGCCUCGGGAACAAGGUGCUCAGGUGACACAGCCGUCUCCCCUCAAGAACAUUUUCAAGUCUCUGUGAAGAUGAAUGUACUGAAGUUGUGUGUUCACUCAUCAACUUCUCACUGAUCCACUUCUUCUCUUAAAAAUGAGGACUUUAACCAGUCAAGUCUUGGUGAUUAUUUUUGGCUUUGCUUUACCAGGUGGUCACUGUGAGCUUCUGGUCUCCGCGCUCGGCCCCACCCGGGUGGACACCACUGCCGGUUCCCAGGUGACUCUAGCAGUCUCCUUCAGCGGGGCCCCUGACCCGGCCUUCACCUGGUUCAAAGGUCCUCUCCCCGUCGUCACCUGGACCAUCGGCUCGGAGCUUCUCCCUGACAUAGCCCAAAGCCACAGGGAGGUUCUGAGACUGGAGCCCAACGGAUCCCUCACCUUUCUGAACGUGCCUUCAGAGUACAGCAGCAUCUACACGCUGGAGAUGACCAAGUCUGGAUUGGGGACCGCUUCUUUGAAUUUUACUCUGAGGGUUUUUGAAACCUUCCGGAACGUGAGUGUCAGGCUGCUGCCGGAGACGGUGACGGAGGGAAGCCAGGAGUUCACCCUGCAGUACCACAUGCUGCACGGCGUGGUGGAGCAGCAACUCUGGUUCUUCCACGGCCGCCCGAUACAAGACCACCCGCGUUACUCGGUGCAGCUCGGCAGCCUCACUGUGCAAAGGCCGAACCGGAACGACACCGGACGCUACGUUGUGUCCCUCAACAACCCUUUCAGCAGCGAGACCGCUCACAUCGACGUCACCGUCUUAUACGGGCCAGAUGAGCCCAGAGUCCAAGUCAGACCCGCUCAGGACUUUUACCUCUGGGGUGAUUCGCUCACCCUGUCCUGCCGGGCGGACGGGGACCCAGAGCCGACCGCAGAGUGGACGUUUGGCGGUCAAACCGUGUCUCCCGGACAGACGGGGGUCAUCAGUCUGACCCACGUACAGACCACCCAAGGCGGCGACUACACCUGCACCGUGCACAACCAAAUCACUGGAGCACGGCGACACAAGAGCAUCACUGUGGUUGUUUACGAGAGGCCGAGAGGGUCCCCCCUGUGCUGGCUGCGGUCAGAAGACCAGGUCCGCCUGCAGUAUGGAUGCCGGUGGUCGGGGGGGACGCCGCCGGCCCGGCUGCACUUCCCGGACUUGACCAACAGCAGCGGCCUGGAGAACUUCACCCUGACUGUCAACGCAUCAAACCACCUGGACGGUGCAGGCGUCACCUGUGUGGGCGUCCAUCCGGCAGGAGACCACACCUGUAACGUCACAGCCAGCAGUCCCAAGGACUUCCUGCCGGCCGUGGGAACCGGUGUGGAUUCUGAGGGCAAAAUAGUGGUCAGCAUCCACUGCGUCAGCGAGGCCUCGCCCCCGACCGUGGUGUCAUGGUACCGAGGCGGCCAAGCUGUGGUCGGCGACGGGGCGGAGGAGGACAUCGGCGACGACACCCGGCGUUUACGUUUACGUCAUCGCAACGUCAGCGUGCUCCUCCUCCACAACUACACCUGCACCUGCAGCAACCCUCUGGGCAGUCGCAGCAGAGACAUUCACCUGCAAGGGCCGGCCAUCGCCGCUUUCGCUUUGUUCCCGCACGAGGAUGGCACCAUCGUCACCUUGACCUGGGAAGUCCCGCCCACUUCUAUCGUCACAGGUUUCGACAUCCAAAUGAGCGGACCGGACCUCCCCGGUGCGAAUCGUAAGCGCAGCCCGGACACAUACCGCACCAUCUUUUCCAAACCUGGCUCCGCCAGAAGCGCCGAUAUUCUGGAGCUGGAUCCCAAAUCCACGUAUCGCUUCCGGGUCGUCCCCAGAGCUUUGAUGUCAGAGGGUCCCCCAACAGCGCCCCACAGGAUUGGUCCAGGCGAAGGUCUGAGCGGCGCAGCCAUCGCCGGCAUCGCCGCUGGGAUUCCCUGCAGCAUCCUCUUCCUGCUUCUGGCGUGCGGGCUCGUCUACUUCCUGGUCCGCUGGAGCGGGAUCCAAAGUCGCCAGACCAGAUAUCCCGUGUCCCGAGCAGCAGAGAAGGUGGUGACCCCACAGACGCAAGCGCCGUCUCCCCCGGCCUACAACAGGUUGCAUCAGACGCCGUCCAGUCUUUCAGUGGCCCCGCCCUCUUUUGUGCCGCCGCCGCCUGUCCGGGUCGCCACCACCGUAUGAAGGACCCAUGUUGUACGCUAUCAUGCCGGGGUGUACUCUGUGUCUUCAAUAGCUUGGAGCGGUAUAGCUGGGUUGGUAGAGCGGCUGUGCCAUCAAAUUGAGGGUUCUAGGUUCGAUUCCCGCUUUCGCCAUCCUGAGGCACCUGGUCCUAGGGCCACCCACACUGCUUUAAAAGGAACUUACAUAUUGACUUUCACUAUGUAAAGCGCUUUGAGUCACUGGAGAAAAGGGCUAAGUACAAACCCCGUUUCCAUAUGAGUUGGGAAAUUGUGUUAAAUGUAAAUAUAAACAGAAUACAAUGAUUUGUAAAUCAUUUUCAACCCAUAUUCAGUUGAAUGCACUACAAAGACAACAUAUUUGAUGUUCAAACUCAAACUUUAUUUUUGUUUUGCAAAUAAUAAUUAACUUAGAAUUUCAUGCCUGCCACACGUGCCAAAGUAAUUGGGAAAGGGCAUGUUCACCACUGUGUUACAUCACCUUUUCUUUUAACAACACUCAAUAUACGUUUGGGAACUGAGGAAACUAAUUGUUGAAGCUUUGAAAGUGGAAUUCUUUCCCAUUCUUGUUUUAUGUAGAGCUUCAGUCCUUCAACAGUCCGGGGUCUCCGCUGUCGUAUUUUACGCUUCAAAUUGCGGCACACAUUUUCGAUGGGAGACACGUCUGGACUGCAGGCGGGCCAGGAAAGUACCCACACUCUUUUUUUACGAAGCUUCACUGUUGUAACACUUGUCUUGCUGAAAUGAGCAGGGGCGUCCAUGAUAACGUUGCUUGGAUGAUAACAUAUGUUGCUCCAAAACCUGUAUGUGCCUUUCAGCAUUAAUGGUGCCUUCACAGAUGUGUAAGUUACCCAUCCCUUGGGCACUAAUACACCCCCAUACCAUCACAGAUGCUGGCUUUUUAACUUUGCGCCUAUGACAAUCCAGAUGGUUAUUUUCCUCUUUGUUCUGGAGGACACCACGUCCUCUGUUUCUAAAUACAAUAUGAAAUGUGGACUUGUCAGACCACAGAACACCUUUCCACUUUGCAUCAGUCCAUCUUAGAUGAGCUCGGGCCCAGCCAAGCCAGCAGCAUUUCUGGAUAUUGUUGAUAAAUAAGUUUUGCUUUGCAUAGUAGAUUUUUAACUUGCACUUACAGAUGUAGAGACCAACUGUAGUUACUGACAGUGGUUUUAUGAAGUGUUCCUGAGUCCAUGUGGUGAUAUCCUUUACACACUGAUGUCGGAUUUUGAUGCAGUACCGCCUGAGGGAUCAACCGUCCGUAAUAUCAUCGCUUACUUGCAGUAUUUUCUCCAAAUUCUCUGAACCUUUGAUGAUUUUACGGACCGUAAAUGGUAAAAUCCCUAAAUUCCUUGCAAUAGCUCGUUGAGAAAAGUUGUUCUAAAACUGUUCGACAAUUUGCUUACAAAGUGGUGACCCUCACCCCAUCCUUGUUUGUGAAUUACUCAGCAUUUUAUGGAAGCUGUUUUUAUACCCACUCAUGGCACCCACCUGUUCCCAAUUAGCCUGCACACCUGUGGGAUGUUCCAAAUAAGUGUUUGAUGAGCAUUCCUCAACUUUAUCAGUAUUUAUUGCCACCUUUUCCCAACUUCUUUGUCCCGUGUUGCUGGCAUCAAAUUCUAAAGUUAAUUAUUAUUUGCAAAAAAAAAACGUUUAUGAGUUAGAACAUCAAAUAUGUUGUCUUUGUAGCAUAUUCAGCUGAAUAUGGGUUGAAAAUGAUUUCCAAAUAAUUGUAUUCUGUUUAUAUUUACAUCUAACACAAUUUCCCAACUCAUAUGGAAACGUGGUUUGUAAAUAUAAUUCACUUCAAAGUUUUGCUCCGAUUAUGCUGCUGACUUUUAUCCGCAGUUUAUUCUCAUUUUGUGACAUACUUUUUUAUUGAUACUUUUUUUUUUUUUUUUUUUUUUAAAGAAAUUAAAAGUUUUAUAUUUUUGCACACAUACACUGUAUAUUAGGAAAGUGAAUCUUUCGGCACAAAAAUAUUGGUUCCGAUUUCCAUAGGUGAUGAUUCGAUUCAAAAUGAAUUCCAGAUUCAACACGACUCUUGAUUCAAAGCAGUUCUUGCAAUCAAAUAUUUGGUAUAACAAUUAUAAUAAAACUUUUUCAGCACA